AGUCAAGGCAAGGCAGCCGCCUCCGCCGCCGCCGUCGCAGUCAAGCAGGAAGUGAAGGAAGAGGUUGAGACAACGGUCACUGUGAAGGCACCAACAGAAGACAACGUCAAUUCAGCGAAGGAGGAAGAGGCUGAGGAGAAGGUAUCGAAAACGGUCAAGGUCUCCAGGAAGCAGAAAACCAAAGAAGCCGAGAUGGUGCCCUUGAGAGCUCGGACCCAGGGAUUGCGCAUGCUUGUCGGCGCGCAUGUCAGCGCAGCCAAAGGCGUUUUCAACUCGGUGAACAACAGCAUGCACAUAGGAGGAAACGCAUUUGCUCUCUUCCUCAAGUCGCAAAGGAAAUGGGACAAUCCACCCCUUCAGGAUGACCAUCGAGAUCAAUUCCGCGCCAUGUGUAAAGAGCACGAGUAUGAUGCAGCAAAACACAUCCUUCCGCACGGCUCUUAUCUUGUGAACCUGGCUCAAGAAGACAAAGCCAAAGCCAAGCAAGCCUACGACUCCUUCCUCGACGAUCUCCGUCGGUGCGAAGCUCUGGGCAUCCAACUAUACAACUUCCAUCCCGGCUCUGCCAACUCUACCCCACACGCCAGUGCUAUCACCCGACUAGCCUCCGCUCUCACCUCCGCCCUCCGCGCCACCACGACCGUGACCCCGGUCCUCGAAACCAUGUGUGGCCACGGCAGCACGAUCGGUGGCUCCCUUUCGGAAUUCAAGGAUCUGCUCGCCCAGAUCCCUGCUGACUUGCACCCGCGAAUUGGCAUCUGCAUCGACACCUGCCACAGUUUCGCGGCGGGCUACGACCUUGUCAGCCCCACCGGCUUCGCGGCCUUUAUGCAGGAAUUCGAGGACUUGAUUGGCAUCCAACAUCUCCGGGCCCUCCACCUUAACGACUCGAAAGCGCCCCGCGGUAGUAAACGGGAUCUGCACGCGAACAUUGGGACGGGAUUCCUGGGACUACGUGCAUUUCAUAAUGUUAUGAAUGAGAAGCGAUUCGAGGGGGUGCCUAUGAUCCUGGAGACGCCGAUCGACCGGCCAGAAGCCAAAACCGCAACGAAGGAUGAGGGCGGGGAGGAUGGGGAGGCUGGGCAGGCGAAGGGCAAGAAGAAGGCCCCAAAGAAACCAGCCGCGGCUGCGGGGAAGCUGGUCGCCGAUCCCAGUGUCUGGGCGAAGGAGAUUGAGCUUCUCGAGUCUUUGAUCGGCAUGGAUCCGGAGGGAGAGGAGUUCCGAGCUCUGGAAGCGAGAUUGGCGGACGAGGGGAAGGAGAUGCGGGAAGAGCAGAUGGAGCAGUAUAUGCGGAAGCUGGAGGCGGACGAGAAGAAGGCAGCCAAGGGAUCGGGCGCGAAGAAGGGACAGAAG